GUUGUCGAGAAUGCUGUGAAAAUUAUCGCGCUCUGUGAAUUUAAAUGUGUUCCUUGACUUUUAAAAAAUGUGUUCGGUGAAAUAUAAAUGCCAAAGGCACAGUUCUAGUGUUCUAGUGAUUCUAUUCUUGGGAUUUAUCUCAAUAACCUUUGGACAAGAUAUAAAAUGUGGUCACCCUCCAGUUCCUUUAAACUCAAGGGUAACGUUAAGUUCCCCAAAAUUAAUGCCAGGUACCGUAGCAACAUAUCAAUGCGACGAAGGAUACGAAACCUUCGGUGAAACUAAAACCACCUGUGCCGCUUCCGGUCGGUGGACUGGAGAGCCACCAUUUUGUGGAAUCAAUGUGGCCUAUCGACGUCCCUCCAACCAAUCAACCACAGUCAAAGGAGGAUCAGCAUUGAAUGCCAAUGACGGUGAUAAAAGUACUGAACACGACGGCAAAAGAUGUUCGGAAACUCAAAGAGAAACUAGUCCUUGGUGGCAAGUAGAUUUACUCAAGCCGUACCCUAUUAAAGUUAUAAGAAUUACCACCAGGGGUUGUUGCGGGCAUCAACCUCUCCAAGAUCUGGAAAUUAGAGUGGGGAAUAGUAGUAAUGAUUUACAAAAGAAUCCUCUAUGCGCUUGGUUUCCCGGUACAAUUGACGAAGGAGUAUCGAAAACCUUCACGUGUGCCCGAGUGCUAACAGGACAACAUGUGUUUCUUCAGCUGGUCGGCGUUGAAGGGUCAUUAUCGCUCUGUGAGGUUGAAAUUUUCACUUCGAAUGAGUUUUCUUUGGAUAGAUGCGUACCAACAAACUCUCCUGAUGAAACCGAGCUGGCCACAUUUGCUCAAACUUGCUACAAAUUCGAAAUAACUAAAGGUGGGUCAUUUGCAGAUGCCAAAAGCUAUUGCCAAAAGCAAUACGGUGAAUUGAUACAUUCGAUGAGUCCAAUGCAAACGACGUUUCUACAUACAGAAUUAGAUAGAAGAAAAUCAAAAUUGAAAACCCAAUUUGUCUGGAUUGGGGCGCAGAAGGAACCUAGCGUAAUUUCAAGAACGUGGAAGUGGGUAAAUGGUGAACUCGUCCAGCGACCUUCUUGGGGUAAAGACCAACCCAACAAUUACAAUGGAGAACAAAACUGUGUGGUGUUGGAUGGUGGUCGCCAGUGGUUAUGGAAUGACGUUGGAUGUAAUUUAGACUACUGUCAUUGGAUCUGCCAACAUGGUCCAUUUUCGUGUGGUAGUCCUGACAAGCUUAUCAAUACUACUAUCACUGGUACAAAUUAUGAUAUAGGAGCAGUUAUCGAUUAUCAAUGUCCAGAAGGACACAUGCUGGUAGGAAGUGGAAAAAGAAAGUGUGGUAAAGAUGGGCUGUGGACAGGUACAACACCUACUUGUAAAUAUGUUGAUUGUGGUCCCCUACCCGGCUUAACCCACGGUUCAGUGGACAUAAAAAAUCAAAUAACCACGUACGGAGCCAAAGCCAUUUACACCUGCCACGAAAAUUAUACACUCAUUGGACAUGAAGUUCGAACUUGUGGUGACGAAGGCAAAUGGAGCAAUUCCACACCUCAAUGCUUAUUUGAUUGGUGUCCUGAUCCACCAACGAUUCACGGCGGUCAUGUAAAAGUUUCGGGGCAUAGAGCAGGUGAUACUGCUCUAUAUACAUGUAGCCCUGGUUAUAUUAUUUUUGGAGAAGAGGUACUAUCGUGUCGUUUGGGUGGUGAAUGGUCCGGUAAGGCACCAACUUGUAAAUACAUAGACUGUGGUUCCCCUGCCAACAUUGAUAAUGGAAAGUACGUUUUGAUCAAUGGUACUACUAGCGUCGAAAGCAUAAUAGAGUACUCUUGCAUCGAUGAUUACUGGAUGAGUGGACAAAAGAAACAAAAAUGUACAAGAGAAGGAAAAUGGUCGGCAGAUGCUCCCUCAUGUGAAUUAAUUACAUGUGAGGAGCCUGAAGUACCAGCUGGAAGCUACGUAGUAGGUUACGAUUUUAACGUGCAUUCCGUUAUCGAAUACCACUGUGAAGUUGGGCACAUAUUAAUAGGCGAACCUACUCACCAAUGUAACAGUAAUGGUGAGUGGUCCGGAACAACACCAACUUGUGAAUAUAUCGAUUGCGGGAAAGUCCCCGAUCUUCAUAAUGGACAACUGGUUUACGUAAAUAGUACCACAUAUUUAAAUAGCGAAAUAGCUUACAACUGUUACAAAAGUUAUAGACUAAAUGGCGUACCUAGGAGGAUAUGUCUAGAAAAUCGAGAAUGGAGUGACUCAGCUCCAAAAUGUGAAGAGAUAAGAUGUCCUGAACCAGUAUUAGCUGAGCAUAGCAUCCUAUCUGUAACUGGCAAUGACCGAUUGUACGGAAGAACACUAAUUAGAACAUCUGAAUCUGCAAAUAGCGCUACAUCCUAUAAAAUCGGUGCUCUAGUAAAGUACCGAUGCGAACGAGGAUAUAAAAUAAUUGGCGAAGCUUUAAGUACAUGUGAAGAUACCGGAAAAUGGAGUGGAAACGUUCCAGAAUGUGUUUAUGUAGAUUGUGGUAUACCCGAAAAUAUAACCCGUGGUACCGUAAUGCUUCCUUCAAAUGCCACUUAUUACGGAGUUCUGGCGUUGUACACGUGUGAUGCUAAUUUUGAGUUGAAUGGAGUUUCUAGAAGAUUGUGUCAGGAGAAUGGCACGUGGAGUUCUGAUUCUCCUGUCUGUAGAGAAAUUCAAUGCAAGGAUCCGGAAGCUCCCAACGGACUAACGUUUACGGUUAGUACUCACAGUGUCGGCGGAGUUGCCAAAUAUCAAUGUCCCAGGGGUCACACAUUAAAAGGAAACGAUACAAGGAUGUGUAUGGUCAAAGGAUCUUGGAGCAGUUCACCACCUUCUUGCAUUGCCGUGGACUGUAAACAACCCGAAGACAUAGAAAAUGGGCGAGUUUUAGUGGUAAACGGAACAACGUACAACAGCGCAAUCGAAUAUCAUUGUGUCCCGAACUUUGUGAGGGUAGGUCCUUACUUGAGAAAAUGUAUGGAAACCGGAGAAUGGUCAGGAGAUGAACCAAUGUGUAAAGUACCUUCUGAAGCACCACAGGACUCUUCGAAUAUGACAACACAUAUAGGCAUAGGAGCUGGAGUUGUACUGUUCUUAUUACUGCUGUUGGGAAUUAUUUACCUUAAACUGCGGAAACCUGUAGCAGUGAAAAACACCGAAAACGUAGAAGGAGCAGAGAGAAAAGAGGACAGAAACGCAGCUGUAAUGAGUUACUCCACUUUAAGCGACAGAAAUGGUUACGCCAACGGAAAUUCCAAUGUUUACGAAAAUAUUCACGAAGAAAACAUGUAUGAUGCUCCUUAUGAAGAAGGAGGUAGAAGAAGCAGUGGAGAAUAUGAACCAGAACCAGUGGGAAGAAAUGGAAAUGUCAUAACUAUAAACGGAGUGGCUGUGAGAUAAAUUAAUGUUCUGUUUUCUGAUAAAACCUUUCUAACACUUUCAAAUUUUCAUACCAAUAUUUAGAAAUUCUAAUCUCAGACAAUGUUAUAUAUUUUGUUUUUAAUCAAGGUACCUCUUCAUUUGUUAUUUUUUAUUUGGUUUUUAAUGAGAUUCUAAGAGGUUUCUGCUCUUAGAAUCCCAUCCCAUUACGAUCUCAAUAUCGUAAGUCUAAUUUUUAUUUAAAUAUUUCCACAGGAGCUAGCGAAAAUUAUUGAAGAUGAGGACUAUUGUGCCGAAAAAGUAUUUAACGCUGAUGAAACGGGACUGUAUGGAAAAAAAUGCCUAACCGUACUUACAUCGCAAAGGUUGAAAAAACUGCAAAUGGACAUAAGGCAAGUAAAGAUCAAGUAACAUUAUUACUUUGUAAUAAUGUUACUCUUGUGUUAUAAUAAAUAAAGCUCUUAGAUCACCGGCUUUAAAACGCAAAGAUUUAAAACAACUGCCAGUGCAGUAGAUGGCAAACAAGAAAGCCUGGGUGGCAACAACUAUUUUUAUAGAAUGGUUCAAUAAUUGCUUCAUUCCAGAAGUAGAAGCCUAUAUGAAGGAAAAAUCUCUGGAAAUAAAAAAACUUUAAAUGCCUGCUGGAAAAUGUUAGGCCAGUAUGUGUAACAACCAAUGCAACUAUUCAAACAUCGACAUUAUCAGAUGAAAUAAUUAAUUUGGCACAUUAAAUUGGCGAAGAUAGUUUUAAUAGCUUCAACCACGAUGAUAUAGAUGAAUUGCUUGUGGAUGAAGCAUUAAGUGACCAUGAUAUGAUUGAUCAAACUUUAGUUUGAUCAAUCUAGAUAAUGUCUAGAUAGAUAAUGAUGAGGAAUAAAAAUCAUUCCCCCUCACUGCCAAAUUAAUUCGAGAAGGUCUUCAACUUUGCAGUAAAUUAGAAAAUCAUUUUCUUAUUAAUGAUCCCAAUUCUGAACGAGCUUUUAUUAUAUCAAAAGUAAAAAUGGGAUAGAUUGUGAAAUUAUUUGAAAUGUUAUACAAAAAAAUUAGAUCUUGUCUACAAUAUUCCUUUAACACACACAAUAACAAAAUAUAACCUUUCCACAAAUAAUAUUAAUAAUUUAAUUGUAAUAUUAUAGAGUAUACAUUAUAAUUGUUUUUAAUAGAAUUCUGAUGAUUUAGGUAUAAAAUGAAACGAAACCAAAAUAUGUGUUUUUGUCUGAGAACAAGUACUUAAUUUGAAAAUGUUCAAAAGUGUUUCAAUCCAGAAAACGUUUGUGAAGGAUAAAUAAAUGUUUAAUCGCUAUAUUAAACUAUCAAACUGCACUGAGUAGGCCAAAGGAUAAGAAUAAGUUGUAAAUCCGCUUUGGUGACAUUGACAAGUUAUUUAAACUAACUCUGUGAUAGGUUGAGUUACUUUAUACUAAAACUAAAUCAUAUUCAUCACAUUUCAUUUAAGACACCAACAGAUAUAUUCGAAUAUUCAAUUCACAAUUAAGAUUUAAUAGUUAAUAUUACCCAUUAAGAUGGCUAAAAACACAUUUUUUUGUCUUUUUAAUUGGAAAUUGUGAGUUGAAUAAUUGAAUUUAAUUAAAAAAUACUCAUUUUUUUCACGUGAAACACAUUUUUUUGUAGUCAUCAUAAUUUUUAGUUUAUAUUUUGUAAAUAGUCUAAUAUUUCAUCCAUGUAAAUACUCAUUUUGUAUUAAAAUGUACAAUUAUGUAAAGAUAUAUUUUGUAUUUAAUGUACGAUGUACAAUAAAUGUUAUUCUUUU